CAUGCGUCUCAAUUUCACCAGGCCUUCCUUGAAGAAGUCCAGGAUUUAUUAUCACGAGGAAUUCCGCUGGACGGAAUUGGAGUUCAGGGUCAUUUCACUGGUCACGUGAAUCCAACACUUCUUCAAGUAAGUACGUAGUUUUUGACACUUUGAUAAGAAUUUCACUCAAGUCACUGAAACCAUACCAAGGGAGAAUACCAAAUUAUGCACUCAAGCAUACGUACCAACUCCCCGGUAUGGCCAGUACCUUACGCAUGCGCACAACCAUAUCACUCCGGCAGUGGAAGCCAUGCACAGCUGUUUCGCCCUUAUUGGGGCUUAUCAUCAUGGCAUAGUCAUUGGAUCAAUAAGCAGGGGAACGCGCUAUCAAAGGCGCUUUAGCCCAGUCUAGCCCAUUGAAAAUGUGAUUUUCACCAUUGAUCCAGUUACUUCUAGAUCAAUUAAACGCUUGGAAUUAAUCGGUAGUUGAUUUCCAGAGGCAAACUUUUAUUCAGUGUUGUAAACAGAGAAUUUAGGGACAUUGUGCUCUCUUGGUGUGUUGACAUUACAACAUUCUGCAUUGUUCGCUUUGAGGAAGUCGCGCGCAUGGACUUGAUGACGUUUCAAACAAUGAUAAAAUGUGCGGACGUCCCAGGAAUUAGACUUCCGUUUAAUCACAACCUCUUAAAAUAAAGCCCUCAGAUUACCUCUUUGUCUCGUUAUUAUCUCUUGCUCAAAUCUUUAAAACUGGACAGAAACUCACUGAUCUUAACUUAUGUCGAGAAACGUAGGCAGGAGCCGGUAAUCUAUCAGCCCCUGAUUAUGAAGGAACAAAUACGAAAGUAAACCUAGUACGCCGAAAUAGAGAUGACUAGUAACUUAAAAGGACAGUAUCACCAAGCAAGAUUUAGAACUAUGCGAUUAUCUAAUCCUAUUAUAGUGUUUAUGUAAGUCAAUGGAAAAUCCAAAAUAUUGCCGCAAGUUUUGCUAAAAGUUAUCAUAGAGCAGUUCUACAUGACGUCACGGCGGCGGCAUAUUGACGUUCCAAAACAAUGAAACGGUGGCCAUGUUGAGGUUCCAAACCAAUCGUGUGGGAGUUGAAAUAGUCAAGGCGAAGUUUUCAAAGUUUGAUUGCGUCAUUUAGAAAAAAAAGUCGCUUAAAAUCCAAUGGAUUAGUUGACACUUUGUGACUCCCUUUUUUUCACUUAUUGCAGUAUUAUUUGAACAUGCUAAGUAAGGCCAAGAUUCCAAUAUGGCUGACAGAAGUUGACGUUCUUGAGAAAAAUCCGUUUAAACGAGCCGAUGCGCUGGAAACUGUCAUGAGAACUGCAUUUAGCAACCCAAGUGUCCAGGGAUUGAUUUUGUGGAGUUUCUGGAGCCAGAGUUCUUGGAGAGGUCCUUACACUUCUCUUGUGGAUGGAAACGACUGGCAGGUAUCAAAAAAAUACCACCUACCCCUCCCUUAAGGCAACAUUCACACUUACUUCUCAUUUAGGGCAAAAUUUUGGCUUAGGGAAGGGUAGGUGGGCAGUUUUCAGAAACGUAUGAUGAUCCCAAAAGAUACUAAUCCGCCACAUUACAAACAACAAGGAAUCUUGGCGGAGUUAGCUUUCGCAAAGACAUCCGGGAUAGUUACUGGGGACAGGCCGGUCAGCUAUUGGUCAAUGUUUUCCCACUCCCUAGUAACAGGGUCUCAAUAGAGUACUAAAGUGAUGACGUCAUAAAAAUGAAAUUUCUGAAAUUAUGGGAUUUGUCAGGAUAUUCUGAAAGAACAAUGUCCAAGAGGCCUACUUGCCAAAAAUGAGCAUUUCGGGGCAAAUUGUCUUUGAGAUCUUAUGGAGUUUUCUACGGAUAACUGGGUUACGAUAUCAGAGACAAUUUGCCCCUAAAUGCUCAUUUUUGGCAAGUAGGCCUCUUGGACAUUGUUCUUUAAGAGUAUUUUGACAAAUCCCAUAAUUUCAGAAAUUUCAUUUUUAUGACGUCACACUUUAGUACUCUAUAGGGCGGUAGCUUUGAAGGUUGACAGUUAUUUUUUCCAAUUUUGACGGUUGACGGCUAAAUUUUAGGGCUUUUGACGGUUGACGGUUUUUUAGUGAAAAUUUAGUUAAAGAGUUAAAGUAACUAUUAAUUUCUGUAUUAACGAUUCCCCUUUGUAAAAGGUUUAAAACAGCGCUGACUAAUGCUAACCUCACGGAUAUAUCAUGUUUUUCUAUUCCGCACCGGUAGAUUAACGCCGCUGGUUUGCGAUAUCGCAGACUCCUGCAUCAAUGGACCACACACGUCACGUUAUCUCCCACGUUCACUGACCAAACAAUUGCCUUUUUUGAAGCACGUGGAUUUUUCGGAGAUUACGAGGUGACAUUACAACUUCCCAAUGGACUGAACAGCACUCAAACCUUCACGUUGAGUCCUGGGAGUAAUCCAGUCGUCAUUGAACUUCAUUUACCAGGUAUAUGUUUUAUGAUUUUAUGCAUACCUAGGCUAGGUGAUUUAUCUCUCGCGUAACUUUUAGGAGUGUUUUAUUUUCCAUGAUUUACCAUAGUCUAUGUGGUUUAUCUUAUCUUUGUUAGAGCCCAGUCCAACACAAGACAUAGAACAAGUGGGUCUAAAGCGACAAGAUACCUCCUUAAUAGGCGAAGAUCCAAGAGUCUUAGCAAGUAUCAGCCAUGGAGGCGAAGAUACUGAUGACUCACAAUAUGAAUCUGACGAAGAACAAGACAACGAAUUUCCACAAUCAGAAGACAAUGAUUCACCCGAAUUUGCUGGUAAAGAAAUGUCAAUAUUUAUUCUUGUGUCAGUUGUUCACUUUUUCAUUCCUUCCCGUUACUCACCAUCACAAAUUGCGUCAGUUAGUAAGGUAUUCAAACUUCUGUAAGGCAAGCAAUGAGUCUUCAGGUAAUGGUAGAGAAGGUCCUUCAGUUAGUUUAGUAGACAAUCAUGCAGUCAAACAUUCAGGCUGUCAGACUGUACUGUGAUUCCUCUCUGUCUAAUCAGACUCCAAUGAUAAACAAAAAUAACAUCGAUUAUUAAGAGCUUCAAUGGUAAUCAUUCUACAGUUAAUUUAUAUCCUUAAAUAGUUUAAACUUAACUUAAGAGUACUUUGUUGGAACGUGUUGUACUGAAUUACUGCGACAACGCAGUCCUUUGCAUCACAGUUUUUGGAACAAACACUAAAUAUCAGUAUUUUUUCAGUAUCUUAGAGGCCUCUUAGGGGCCUAGUGGAUCGCGAGCAAGCUCGGGAACAAAUUUGCUAGGCGCGCAAAGCACUUUAGGGAGAGCGACUCUUCCCAAAGGCCUUUGCCAGUAUACCCUUUAAACUUCCCAAGUUUCCUGAGGCAGUUAUUUGUUUGAUUGUAUACAUUGCAAUAAUCCUCAGAUCCUUUGAAGUCUUCAGCUGGAUUAUACAUUGGUUGCUUUGACAACACGGAAUCCCUCACCCAACUCAAGUACCGAUACGAAGGGCAUCCGGCCAUGGUCCCGGAUGUAUGCAUCAACCACUGUGCUUCAAAGGCAUUUCCUUUCGCUGGUCUGUUAAUGGCGUCGGAAUGCUUCUGUGGAGCUUAUUUCAACGAUGACGCGGAAGUUGAUAAUGAACACUGCAAGCUACCAUGUCAAGGUGACUUUCGGAGAAGCUGCGGUGGACGUAAACACAUUGCAAUUUAUUCUACAGGUUUGAGUAACACUUUUUGAGUACCUUUGAGCAUGUAAGAUGGACUUGCUUCGAAAAAUGGCCCUCAAAAGGUGAAUGUUCGUAACGACACGUUCUCAUUUUUUUUCCACGUUAAGAUAUGUAAUAGGCUCAGGUUUUACGAUAGCGUUAUUUGGCUUCGAGAUUAUAUUUUCCUGGGUAAAUCAACGGGCUCAUUUAUAUUUUGAAACCUCCUGGAUUGCAAAAUUUUAAACUAGCGCCAGAAAACAAUUAAGUGCAUUCUGAGAGUUGAAGCAAAAUUAUACCAUGGUAAAAAUGACUCAAAUGGGCCAUUCGCAGGCCUCAAGUUGCCUUUUUUUUUCCCUUUCCUUUUCCUUUUUUUUCCCCACAUAAAUUUAGUGAACAUAAAAGGUUACUGACUAACUCAAUUUUACUUUCAGAGUUGUCCUCAUCUCCAGCCCAGAAUUUCACCGAGAAGAGGCAAAUGGGAGUGUUUUGA